ACCUCUCCUUUUUUUCUCGCGUCCAUCUCUUUUAUAAGCUUUUUUAUUUUUUUCUCUUCUAAUAAGUUCCAACUAAACGGUCCCAUACUCUCUCUGAAAUCAUACACCAUGUUUCUGAGAAGCUCCUCAACACCAAUCUCGAACUCAUGGCUGCCUCACUCGAAGGACUCAUCAUCCCCAGAGUCUGACCAAGUUCUCCAGCUUCAAAGAACCAGAUCAGUUUCCUUAACAACUGCAUCAUCAUCUUUUCAUUCUCUCACUGAUGUCUCUACAAAGAAGCUGACCCGAGACUCAUCAGAAUCAGACUUCCUGACCCCACCAAAGCCCAAAAAGAAGAACCCCAUAUCUCAUAACCUUAAAAAACAACCAAAACUCACAGUCAAAGAAAGUGAUGAGAUGGAACAAGAGCUAAAACCCAAUUCAAUAUCAUCAUCAUCUUCUUCAAUUCAGAGACUUUUUUCAAGCUCUGGGUUGGGUGAGAGUGUUUUGGAUGAUGAGGGUUCUCCUACGGGGAAAAAAGAUAGUAUUUUGCAGACUCUGGUUGUGGGUGGUGGAGUUGGGAGCAAUGGUGGUAGGAUUUGUGGUGGUGGUGGUGGUGGUGGUGGUGGGAGAGGAUCAGAUGGUGGAGAUGGAGGUGAUGUUGGUGGUUCAGGGUUUUUUGAAAGUAAUGAUCAUGGUAGUGAUAGCACUGAUGCUUACUACCAAAAUAUGAUUGAAGCAAACCCUGGCAAUGCACUUUUGCUCGGAAACUAUGCAAAAUUCUUGAAAGAGGUUCGUGGAGAUUUUGGAAAAGCAGAGGAGUAUUGUGGAAGAGCAAUUCUGGCUAACCCAAGUGAUGGAAAUGUCUUGUCUCUUUAUGCUGAUUUGAUAUGGCAAACAAAUAAGGAUGCUGAUCGAGCUGAGAUUUAUUUUGAUCAAGCUGUUAAAACUGCCCCAGACGAUUGUUAUGUCUUAGCUUCAUAUGCUCGGUUUCUUUGGGAUGCUGAAGAGGAAGAGGAAGAGGAGGAGGAUGAAGAGAAUCAACAUGGAACUGAGCACAGUUAUCCACCACAUAUAUUGCUAGGAGCGUCUCACCAUUCUCCUUUAACUGCAGCUUCUUAAUAUUAACUCUUCAACUCUUGCAAUAUAAAAUAUUAGCUCGAGGUCAUGUAACAUAGUAGCUAAGAAAUAAUUAACAUUAUCCCUUUCUUGUAAUUUUUGGGUAAGUAGUGAACUUUCCUACUGCAA